AUGCGUGAACAUAAUGCUGCUGUAGAUCUCAUGAGCGCCGUAGCUUACCUUGUUCUCGCCAAUCCAUCCUCCAAGAACAACUUGGGGACUUUGAUACGAUGUGGUGCUGCGUUUGCCGUGGAGGAGGUGAUUGUGGUCGGGGCGUUCAAAUGGAGCACUCACGGUGCCCACGGCUCUCACAAGCACCUUCGGUACCGGUGCUUCGAUGACUGGGAGACGGCCGCCACCUUCCUAAGAGACGAGAAGGGUUGCGAUCUUUGCGGCGUUGUAAAUCAAAGCCAGAUCCAACCCCAAAGACGAGAUUCGCCUGUGGGUCGCGAGCCGCCGCCACCAGCACCUCCACGGGGAAGCGUGGUGCCAGUAUCAGCACCAGAGUCUACUACCGCCGCUACGAACUUUGCCGCGCAAGGAGAAAGCGGGCCGGGAGUUGAUAGCUCUUCUGCCAGUCUACCUCUCACGAAUAUUCCUGCCGCUGAGCAGGGCGCCGGUAGUGCCGCUUCAGAAUUUUCCGAGGAACGGUUUCUGCGGUCGUCAUCGUCAUCAUCAUCAUCAUCACAAGAAGAAGAACGUGUCCCAGAGGAGAGAUUGCGGGAGGGAAGCAACAAGGAGGAUCGUCCUACCGUUAUAGCCUCAACAGCUGUGCGUCGCCGGCCAUUUCGAAGAAGCACGGCGUUCUUGGUUGGACAUGGCAAUCGCUUGGACCACGAGGCGCUGGACGUGUGCGAUUUUUUCGUGCACGUCGAACAGGCGAGCGAGUCCCCGAUGGAGCUGGCUGCCCCCGUGACCACGUCUAUCGCACUCCACCACUUCACAGCUUGGGCAAACUACGAAGAGCGGCAUUUCACGGGAGAAAAGUUUAACGUGGACGUGGAAGCGGCUCGACGUCACCCUCCUAUCCAAAAGGACAAGAACGCCUUAGCCGAGGAGCGCGUGCGUUUGCGUGAGGAACGCCUAGCGGCGGAUCCACUAGAAGGGGCUGCGUCCCUAGGGGAUGAAAGUUCUCAAGGCGGAGGGGGAUUGGGGUGGCUCGCCGGCGUGGAAGGUGAUGCGACAGCUAAUGGUGACUACUGA